GGACUUUGGCGAAUCAGCAGCACCGUUAAACGCCACCGAUGAGCUCGAGGCAGGGGUUAGCCGAGCACGGACGAACGGCGAACGCACACUUGGGAUUGUGUCCGCGGAGUCUGUGCGCGCCGUUACGACGCACGUUUGCAUUGCAGGCGUCUCGCAUUUCUGGACGUUUUGCAGAGCGGAACGGGAGUCUUCCGUCUCCGAGCCGAUGUCUCGCACUUUUUGAGGACGUGACGGUUAUUUUGAAGCGGGGCGGUCGGUCGUGGGUUUUUUUUUCCGUUGCAGAACUGCUGUGUUCUCAUUUUCCCACCCUCCCCGUCACGUUUAUGAGUUGGCUUUGGUUGUUCCCAAAGCGCCGUGUUCUUAGUUAACGGCCGACUGGAAGAACGAGACGGAAACGAUUGCUCAGCCGUGAUGGUGUCGUUGUCUGUCUGGGACAGUACGUAGGUCACACCUCGCCGCCUUUACCGAAAGGCGCAUUACGUUUCGACGUCGACUGCUGGAAUAUGGGCGGUAGCGGUACGUCUGCGCUUUUCACGAGCAUUAGCGGACCUUUUAAGGACGACCCGCGGUGAUGGGACAAUUUACCUCCGCAAAGCUGAUCUUUGUGUGAUGCAUUCAGCGUUCCGCGGGUCUCCGGUCGACUUCGGCGGGGUUCUGGACUGAGUGCUCCCCGCUUGGUCUUUACGAGCGGCGGCCCGGUUCAUGAACAGCCCCUGCGAGGCAGAGUAAACACGGAAGAUCGUUCCGUGACGGGACAGGCGUACCGGGACCUUCGACACUACAAGAAUGGACGAUACCGGGAUUAUUCGGCGCCGCAGGCUGCAGGACCUUCCUCUGCCCCGUAAAAACAGCAGCAGCCGCACCAGCAACAGGAAGAGUCUGAUCCUCACCUCCACCUCUCCCACCUUGCCCCGCCCACACUCACCUCUGCCGGGUCACAUUGGAAGUAGCCCUCUGGACAGUCCGCGCAACUUCUCUCCGAGCACUCCAGCUCACUUCUCUUUUGCUCCCUCUAGACGGGAUGGCCGUCGUUGGUCCCUGGCUUCUCUUCCUUCCUCUGGCUAUGGUACCAACACACCCAGCUCAACGUCUUCCAGUUCCUCUCAGGAGCGUCUACACCAGCUUCCUUUCCAGCCUACCAUGGAGGAGCUGCACUUUCUCUCCAAACACUUCGGCAGCACUGAAAGCAUCACAGACGAUGACGGGGGCCGCUGCUCUCCACACGUACGCCCCCGCUCACGGAGCCUCAGUCCUGGCCGCUCACCGUCCUGCUACGACAACGAGAUAGUGAUGGUGAACCAUGUGUAUAAAGAGCGCUUCCCAAAGGCUACAGCCCAGAUGGAGGGCAGGUUGGCGGAGUUCGUCCAGUCCUACUCUCCGGAGAGUGUGCUGCCACUGGCUGACGGGGUCCUGAGCUUCAUCCACCACCAGAUCAUCGAGCUGUCCCGAGACUGCCUGACCAAAUCGCGCGAGGGCCUCAUCACCACCGUCUACUUCUACGAGCUUCAGGAAAACCUGGAGAAACUUCUGCACGAUGCGUAUGAGCGGUCGGAGAGCUCGGAGCUGACCUUCGUCACUGAGCUGGUCAAGAAGCUCCUCAUCAUCGUUUCUCGCCCGGCGCGUCUCCUGGAGUGCCUGGAGUUCAACCCGGAGGAGUUUUACCACCUACUGGAGGCAGCCGAGGACCACGCCAAAGAGGGACACCUCAUGAAGACGGACAUCCCCCGUUACAUCAUCAGCCAGCUCGGACUCACCAGAGACCCUCUAGAGGAGAUGGUCAACCUGGACAGCUAUGACAGUGAGGGCCCUUUAACUCCUGAGACAGACGACUCGACAGAGGGAAAGGCACGUGCUGUGAAGCCCCCCGGAGAAGCAGACUUCCAGACCAUCAAACUGAUCAGCAACGGUGCAUACGGAGCGGUGUACCUGGUGCGCCAUCUGGAGACACGUCAGCGCUUUGCCAUGAAGAAGAUCAACAAGCAGAACCUGCUCCUGAGGAACCAGGUGCAGCAGGCCUUCGUGGAGAGAGACAUCCUCACCUUCGCGGAGAACCCCUUUGUCGUCAGCAUGUUCUGCUCCUUUGAGACACGCAGGCACCUCUGCAUGGUCAUGGAGUAUGUGGAGGGAGGAGACUGUGCCACACUGUUGAAGCACAUUGGAGCGUUGCCUGUGGAGAUGGCACGCAUGUACUUCGCCGAGACCGUCCUUGCCCUCGAGUACAUACAUAACUACGGCGUGGUUCAUCGUGACCUCAAACCUGACAAUCUGCUGAUCACCUCCAUGGGUCACAUCAAGCUGACUGACUUUGGCUUGUCCAAGAUGGGUCUGAUGAGUCUCACUACCAACCUGUAUGAAGGACACAUCGAAAAGGACACCAGAGAGUUCCUGGACAAGCAGGUGUGCGGCACCCCCGAGUACAUUGCCCCUGAGGUGAUCCUGCGCCAGGGCUAUGGCAAGCCCGUGGACUGGUGGGCCAUGGGGAUCAUCUUGUACGAGUUCCUGGUGGGCUGUGUGCCUUUCUUUGGCGACACGCCUGAGGAGCUUUUCGGCCAGGUGAUCUCAGAUGACAUUGUGUGGCCUGAAGGAGAUGAGGCGUUACCUGCUGAUGCCCAACACCUCAUCUCAGCUCUGCUGGAGACCAACCCCCUCGUCAGACUGGGCACAGGAGGGGCAUUUGAAGUAAAGCAGCACCCGUUCUUUGCUGAACUUGACUGGAAUAGCUUGUUAAGGCAGAAAGCAGAGUUUGUACCGCACCUGGAGUCUGAGGAAGACACCAGCUACUUCGACACGCGGUCCGACCGCUACCAUCAUGUUCACUCCUUUGAUGAAGACGACACUAAUGAUGACGAGCCUGUAGAGAUCCGACACUUCUCCUCCUGCUCGCCGCGCUUUAGCAAGGUGUACAGCAGCAUGGAGCACCUGUCCCAGGUGGAGCACAAGCCUGUGGUGACCCUCAGAGAGCGGAAGGGUCAUCGGGAAGAUCGGAGCAAGCGUGAGAGCCUGGGAAGCUUCACGCUCCGGGACAAGACGUGGAGGGCCGGCUCCCCUGAGAUGAAGCGUCUGUCCUGCUCCGAGUCCUCAUUUACUGAGUCCGACUCCAGCCCUCCGUCUGGGGCCCGCCGCCGCUUCUCGGCUCUCAUGGACACGCACCGCUUCAUCUCCCCACUAGAGGGCGACACAGAGACACGGGUGCGCAAGCCAGCAGCCAAAGCCAGGGGAACUUCGCUAGAGGGCGCUACCAUGGCAACAGGCUCCAUCCCAACAGAGGCCACCAUGGCAGCAGGAACACAAGGAGGAGACAAACAGCACAAGUCCACUGCCACUUCCGCGCCCCUCCACGUUCCGGAGCCGUCGGAACCGAGAGCUACGAGUGACCUGGUGAUCCGACGCGCGCGCCACCACCAGCUGUCCGUUGACUCCGAGAAAUGCAUCUCGGCCCGUGCAAGCCCCAAGGUCAUAAAGUCUGCCUCCGCCACGGCCCUGUCCGUCAUUAUACCUGCAGUGGAGCAGCAUGGAACAUCCCCACUGGCCAGUCCCAUGUCUCCUCGCUCCGUCUCCUCCAACCCCUCCUCCCGAGACUCCUCCCCCAGCCGGGACUACUCCCCCUCCGUCAGCGUGCUGCGAUCACCAAUCACCAUCCAGCGCUCGGGCAAGAAGUACGGCUUCACCCUGCGCGCCAUCCGCGUCUACAUGGGAGACAGCCACAUCUACAGCGUCCACCACAUGGUCUGGCACGUGGAGUGUGGAGGCCCCGCCCAGGAGGCGGGUCUGUGCGCUGGCGACCUCAUCACCCAUGUGAACGGAGAGUCUGUCCAUGGACUGGUCCAUACAGAGGUGGUGGAACUCAUUCUGAAGAGUGGCAAUAAGGUGACGGUGACCACCACGCCGUUUGAGAACACCUCCAUCAAGGUUGGCCCUGCACGUAAGGCCAGCUACAAAGCCAGGAUGGCCCGGCGUAACAGGAGGACCUUAGCCAAGGACACGCAGGAGAGUAAGAAGCGCGGCUCUCUCUUCCGUAAAAUCGCCAAGCAGUCCAACCUGCUGCACACCAGCCGGAGUCUGUCCUCCCUCAACCGCUCUCUGUCCUCUGGUGACAGCCUGCCCUGCUCACCCACCCACGGUCUAUCGGCCCGCUCGCCCACGCAGACGUACCGCCCGCCCCCCGACGCGGCCGGCCUAGGCACAUCUUCACAGAGCAGUUCACCGGCGUCCUCCACGCCCAAUUCUCCUGCCACGUCGCAGCACAUGCGUCCGAGCUCGCUGCACGGUCUGUCCCCGAAGCUGCACCGCCAGUAUCGCUCGUCCCGCUGCAAGUCUGCGGGAAACAUCCCGCUAUCGCCCCUGGCGCACACACCCUCGCCCACCGCCUCUUCGCCGCCCCCCAUCGCCGGACACUCCGUGGGCAGCUCCAACACCACGCAGGCCUACCCCGUCAAGCUGCACUCGUCGCCGCCGGUGACGAGGUCCCGCCCCAAGAGCGCCGAACCGCCCCGCUCGCCCCUUCUCCAGCGGGUGCGCUCGGCAGAGAAGCUGGGCCCGCCGGCGCCGGCGUGUGCGGAGAAGAAGGCGGGCCCGGGCGUGGCCGCGCGGAAGCACGGCCUGGAUGUGGCGCACGCGGAGUUCCGCCGCGAGUCCUUCCACUGCGAGCACGCCCUGCAGAGCCUGCUGGAGAUGGAGGGAGAGAAUGGGCCGGCGCCGCCCGGCGAGGCGGCCACGCCCGCGGAGACACGCCGGGACGGCGGGCUGCGCACGCCGAGCCGGAUGGGCUGGCAGGAGUCGCCGCUGGGUCGCGAACCCGCGCUGGCCGGGAAGGACAAAGGAGCAGAAGUAGCGGAGACAAAGGCGGAGCCGUCCAGAGCAGCGGUCGGCGCGUACGCUGGCGCGGCCCCGACCUGCGGCAUCCGGGCCGCGCGGGCCUCCGUCCCAGCAGAGAGGGAGCCCACGGCCUCGUGGAGCAAGACGCCGUUGCUGAGCGUGGAGAGCGCUGGCGCAACGCCCGAGAAGACCCCCGACGCCCAGAGCACCGUGCCGCUGGAGCCCAAACAGCAGGCCGUCUCGGCCGAGAACGCGAAAGGGCAAGCGAAGGGCAAAGCAUCGUGGGAGAGGGACGCCCCCCUGUCCGUGCCUGGAGCGGGGGACUUGGGAAUGCCAGGGAAGAGCCCCCAGCCUGUGGAUGCAGGCGCGAGGUCAUGGGGCGGUGGGACGGAGAAGCCAGGUCCGGACGGCAAGGCUACAACGAUGGCGCCUCCAGCGCCGGAGAAGGGUCCGGCCCCGUCCGGGUCCGCCCACGCCACCCGGGACGAGAGAUCGCUCCUGGUGCCCACAGAGGAGAAGCCCCUCUCCUCUUCUCCUGCCACCCCGCCGCCCGGCGCUGGCAAAUCACGCACCGUCUCCCCUGGCGACAGGUCCAGUUUCGUCAUUCAGCUCACCAGUGUGGCCAAAACGGUGCUGGGACCCAUAAAGCUGGGAUCCCAGGAUGGCAGCAAAGGGAAGGACUCCAGCCCCAAAACAAGCGAGGACAAGCGGGGAGCGACGCUAGGAAAGUCCGAGGCUUCAUCUGGAAGCCGGCACGUGGCGACGGGGACCUGGCCUGGACCCGGAGCCUCCAAACCGGACAAGGCUUCCAGGAGCUCUUCCAAGCAUUCCUGAGUUUCUGGUUUGGGAAUAUUUUCACAGCCACCAAUCAACAUAAAAAGGGACUUAUCUAGCAAACAAAACAAAACAGAAAAGUCAAACAGAAGGUGCUUCAGAACUGUGGUCAAAUUUGUGUGUGUAUAAGUGUAGAUGUAACACCAUAUUUAUAAAUAGGAUACAGAACGUAUGUCUGCGUAGAUGCAUGUUAGAACUUGUGAAUAAAUGAACGGAACAGAGAGAGAAAAACCAAGCGAAGACCUAAUGCUAGUGAGCGCGUGCACAGCUGUUCCCGCCCACGACAUAUCAGUGCUCGUGACCGCAAUAGGAGGAACCACCUUUCAGUAACGCUAGCCGUCCCUACGGUAGCAAGCUAGUGUGGAGGGUCACUGAAGAUUUCAUGCCACAGAGCCCAGUUCUGAACAUUUGCUGGCCAAACGCCUGCUUUGACUCAUCAGCUGAGUAAGACACGCAGUAGGUGUUUCGGAGCUCUGUGAUGGACUCUCCGAUGUCUCGGGUAGCCCUGUCGUGGAGACUAGUUUAAUCAAAAGAUUACCAACAUAUACCAAAUGAAACUGUGCUUUACUUAAUUCUGCUAUUCAACUGCGGAUGACUGACUGGUAGACUGAAAGGAAUUGUGGAUUUGUGCGUGUGUGUGUGUGUGUGUGUCUGUGUGUGUCUGUGUGUGUCUGUGUGUGUGUGUGUGUG